UUUCUCAACAAUGGAGCUCCCGGGACCCGGAAAGCUCUGACAUCAUCUGUCAUUUUUGCUGCUCAAAGAUAUAAUAUAAAAAAAGUGCAGGAAAAUGCGAAAGAUAUAGAAAGUGUACAUGUGAGAAAAACGGAGUCAUUACUGUCAUUAGUAUAUAUCAGUACAUAUACUGGGUAUAAUUUAAUAAGACUCCACACACAACAAAAUCAUUCUCGAGGAGUCGAAUUUGAGUUUGACAAUCAGAGAAACGUCAGGAAAAGAUGAGACGAAAGGCGGGAGUAGGUGCGAUACAAAAACAGAAGCUAGAGCAGGAGAAGUACCGAGACAAGGGCACGGAAAUCCAGGAAAACCAAUUCGAGCAGAUGACCAAGCACAUGGAAACGUUUCGUGUGAAUCUUGAGGAGUUUGCUUCAAAGCACAAGAAUGAGAUCAAGAAGAACGCGCAGUUCCGACGCCAGUUCACAGAGAUGUGCGCUUCGAUUGGUGUGGACCCUUUGGCAUCUGGCAAGGGUUUCUGGUCGGUGCUGGGCAUUGGCGACUUCUACUACGAGUUGGCUGUCCAGAUUGUCGAGGUCUGCAUGGCGACCAACUACAAGAACGGUGGUCUGAUAUCGCUAGACGAGCUGAGAACACGUUUGAUUCAGGCCAGAGGACGUAGAAAGGAGCAUCAGGAGAUCACCAAUGAAGACCUGCUAGCUGCCGCGAAGAAGUUGAGAAUAUUCGGAAAUGGCUUCUCCGUAGUUCCCAUUGGUAGGGGAAAGCACUUGGUACAAUCGAUACCUGGUGAACUCAGCAUGGACCAUACUGCAGUAUUGAGUCAGGCUAGCUUGUCCACAAACGCCUACGUCUCCAAGUCUAUUCUGUGUAAAGAAUUGAGAUGGGAGGAGGACAGAGCGCAAAAGGCUUUGGACCACAUGAUGAAAGAAGGACUGGCUUGGCUGGACAGACAAGCGAAAGAUGAGACGUUGUAUUGGUUUCCUAGUUUAUUCACAGCUUGCAUUGUUUCCAAAGAAUGAACUCGGUGUCAAUAUCAA